AUGGCCUCGAGAAACCCGUCCACCUGGGACGAGUACGAACGGGGCGCCUCCCCCCAGCGCUCCGUGAGUAUCGACUCCAAUGCCGUCGCCGAGGACCAGUCGCUCCUGGGAGAGGACGACGAAGGUGGCUACGGCGGCAACUCCCAUGGGCUUCGCAGAAGGUCUUCAGUGACGCGACACCUCGCUGCCAUCACAGACAUUGGCGGCGUCAACAGCAUUCGCUCCUUCACUCGCAGUUGGGCGCGUGCAGCAGGCUUCGCCGAAGUCCCCAUUGCCUCGGGGUCGAAUGAGGCUCUCGACUACUCCCGAAGCCAUGUCGAGUCGGACUCGCACCCGAGAACCUCGCUUCUCAGACAGCACCUCGAGGCCACGCCCGAGACGGGACCGAGCACCUCACACCAGAAUGGCUCUUCCGGUUCGGUGGCGGACGACGGCCUGGUCCAGAACGACUUCCGCGACAGAGAGCGCAAGGCCGUCGAGGCAGAAAUGUCGGGCGCCGUGUACGGCUCGAGCUUCGGUAGCGGCCGCCGGCCGUCGCAGUCCAUCUUCGCAGUCCCGCCCCAUCUGGCGACGCCGCCGCUGGUUGGCAGCUACAGCUCGUACAGGACGUACGGCACAAUAGAGGAUGUCGACCCGCCAUCAAUGGCGCAGGCUGGCGAGCUGUGGCGCCAGCAGCAAGAGGCAGGGGGCAAUGUGCCAGACGGAGAGAGCAUGCCCAUUCUCGUGAAGGAGGUCGAGCAGGACGGAAAGAUCAUCUUGACUGUUGAGGGACAGUCCACGCUUCCUCAGACCAUCUUCAACUCGAUCAACGUUCUGAUCGGUGUCGGUCUCUUGAGUUUGCCCAUGGGUAUCAAGUAUGCCGGCUGGAUUUGCGGCAUGGUCAUUCUGGCCGGUUCCGCGGCCGUGACUGCGUACACGGCAAAGCUCCUGGCCAAGUGCAUGGAUCUCGACGCCAGCUUGAUCACCUUCUCUGACCUGGCCUACAUCUCGUACGGCCGCAACGCACGUAUUGCCACCAGUAUUCUCUUCACCCUCGAGCUGCUGGCUGCCUGCGUCGCUCUCAUUGUCCUCUUUGCCGACUCUCUGACCCUACUCUUCCCGGGUUUCAUGAGCGUCAACGCCUGGAAGCUGCUUUGCUCCGUGAUCAUGAUUCCCCUCAACUUCCUCCCCCUCCGGCUGUUGAGCUUUACCAGCGUCAUUGGCAUCGUGUCGUGUUUCAGCAUCGUGGCUAUUUUGGUGGUUGACGGGCUCAUCAAGCCGACGACACCUGGCUCCCUCAUUGAGCCGGCCACGACGUACUUGUUCCCGGCAAACUGGGGCACGUUGCCGUUGAGCUUCGGCCUGCUCAUGAGCCCCUGGGGUGGUCACAGUGUAUUCCCCAAUAUCUACAGGGACAUGCGCCACCCUCACAAGUACCCUCGGGCCGUCAAGACGGUCUUCACGUCCGUGUACCUCCUCGACGCCUUCACGGCCGUCGUAGGACUCCUCAUGUAUGGCGACAACGUCAUGGAUGAGAUCACGGCCAAUAUCCUCCAGACGAGCGGCUACCCGCGCGCGCUCAACUUCCUGUUGUGCGUCUUCAUCGCCAUCAUCCCUCUGACCAAGAUCCCGCUCAACGCCCGGCCGAUUGUCGCGACUCUGGAGGUGUUGACCGGCAUCCACCAGCAGGCCGUGGCCGACAGCUCGGUCAUGGUCGGCCGCUCUGCCACUUUCAGAGGCAUCAUGAAGGUCGCCAUCAGGGUAGUGACCGUCCUGGUCUUCCUCGUCAUCUCCAUCCUGUUCCCGGCGUUCGACAGCAUCAUGGCGUUUAUGGGUAGUGCGCUGUGCUUCACCAUUUGUGUGCUUUUGCCUCUGAUGUUUUACGUGAAGCUCUUCAGCAAGGAGAUCACGCCCCAGGAGAAGCUCCUGUGCUACGUCCUGAUGACCAUCUCGACGAUCCUGUCCGUGGUAGGCACGGUCUGGGCCUUCCUGCCCAAGAGCCUCAUUGGCGCAGAAUAA